AUGGCCGCAGUCAACAAUGGAAAGUUCCAAAAGAAAGGGAACAACAACGGCAACGGCAAGUUCAAGAAGAAAGGACCGUGCUGGGAAUGUGGAGGUCCACACUUCAAAAGAGACUGCUGGGAACUACCUGAGAACUCGAGCAAGAGGCCGAAUGGAUGGGUUUCCAGAAAGAACAAAGGAGGAAGUACCGGAGAAGUCAGUGGAGCAACAGUGACUGGAUGGAAGGGGCACUUCAUCAUGUGUGCCGUCACAGAGCAGCUGUUUCCGGACACAAUGGAACUGUUGAACGAUCCGAACAUAUGGGUCGCUGACACAGCAGCUACCACUGACAUGACAAGGCACUCGAGUUGCAUGUUCGACAUGAAAAGUGCAAGCAAGAACGACUCAGCAAUCACGUCGAACGGGUCGUUAUCCAACGCAACAAAGCUUGGAAAACUCACGAUGAUGCAAUGCAACAAUCAAGGUAUUGAGCUUCGAAAAAUCAUGUUCGAAGAAGUCGCUGUUUGCCCGGAAUGCCCAUUCAACCUGGUGAGCAUUACCAAGCGACUGAUGAGCGGUGGCUGGAAACUGUCAGGCGACAGCAACUACAUCGCCAUCACAAAAGGAGAAAUGGAGCUCAG